AUGCGAUAUUGUAAGUGUAUAUGUGGGCGUUCGAGUAUAGAAGUACGUGAAUGCGUACGCGAAGCAGCUAAUAAUAGCCAAAACCAGCAUUUAAAGACCCAUGGUCUUGUGAGAGAAUAUGAAGGAACAGCUAUACACGUGGUUAAAACAAUGCUUCCGAUUAUAGAACUUGGAAUAAAGAAAAAGAAAGAAAUGCUAGUCCUGAAAGGUUUGGACAAAGUGUUGACUUACGUAGAUGACAUGGUCGAGAAAACCCAGGAAACAAUAAAAGUAUAUUACAAGAUAAAGACCGCCGUGAAUGGUGAGAUAUCGAAUAUUGGUCAGAAAAACGAAGAUAUUAAAACCAGAAAAAGUGAAAUUUCAUCUGAAAUGGAGGAGAAGAAACUCCGAUUGGAAUCAGAGAAAAAGGACGUGACCAAUCUUGAGGCAAAGAAUAAAGAAACAGAAAAAGAGCUUCAGAAACUUAAAUCAAAACGGGCGGAAUUUAUAGGAGACUCGGUUCAAACGUACGGAGUUAUGGACUCUUUAAAGGAACUUUUUACAACUGGAAUGGCAACAAUGGGUGGUGUUUUUGGAGGCGCUGACACCGUGAAAGCGAUUUCUGAAGGCGCAAUGAUUGCUACUAAUACAGGCAAAGAAGAGGCGAGCCAACGGGCCUUAAAGGCGAGUGGAAAAAUUAAAGAGUAUAUAGACCAGGAACAACGGAAUAUUGAAAAAAAUGAGGAGCGAGUUGCAAACAUGAAAGAAAAAGCUAUAAAAGGUCUUGCAGCUAUGGAAAGAUUAGCCCUUGAAAACGCGGAUCUUAUGAAUGAAGAAAGUCUUAAAAUUGCCGAAACAGAACUAGGGAAAGUUCUAAAUCUAUUUGGAAAGAUUUUACAGUUCUGGGAGGAUUUUUCAGCAAAGUUAACAACACUGAAAAACACACAUGACGGAGUCAAACUUUUAAUUGAGUUUGUAAAUGACCCUGAUCUAGCCGAAGAUAUUGACGACUCGGUACUACACGUGAAAAAUGUUUGGACUUCAUUUGGGAUUAUGUGUAGUUACUACGUUGACGAGAGCGUGAAACAACUUCCUAAGCUAUACGCUUUCAUGGGUGCGCCUGUGGAUCAAAACUCUGUAAAAGAAUGUGAAAAAAGAAAGAAGGAACUCCUUGAGGAACAUAGAGCUGAUAUAAGGGCACUUCAAAAGAAAAUCAUAUAAUCCUAAAAUGUCUUUGGAUAGAAUGAUAUCCGUAUUGUAAAUAAUGAACAUGAACUUUUAUUUUCUCGUCAUUAUCUAAAACAAAGUGAUGUAUCGUUUGCAAAAGCAAGUUUGCCUUAAAAAACUGU